GGGGGGGUCUUUACAGUAUGCUCCAAUGGGAAACAGGCUUCAACACAAACGGUUGUUUUCCGCUUGGUCCUAGAGCUCAACCAGUGUCAAUUUAAUAUAGCGUAAUAUUGUUUUUGGAUGGUAAAAUGUGCAGGGGUCAAAACUUGACUUUGGAAAAUGUGGGGGGGACAUGUCCCCCCUGUCCCCCCCAAAAAUUACGUCCAUGGAAUCAAAUAUGCUCAUAAUUUCAUAUCGUUGAACAAAUAGUUUGACUAUCAUAAGGGAGAAUGGCGCUAAUCAGGAUAACAAACAACAACACUGUGAAGACUGAAUGCCUCGUGUUUAUGGAGUGUUGUCCUGGGUCUUUUACAAACUACUUUCAUGAAUCGAUCCAGAUUUGAUGCAGGUGUGUCCAAAGUGUGGCCCCGGGGCCGUUUUUAGGCCUCUGAGUGAUUUUUGUGGCCCCCGUGUUGCUUUUCUAGAACAGAGAAUUGUCUCUCCUGUACUCUUCUGACAUUGAUCCACUGUUUCCAAUGCUUUUGAUGUAUUUUCUGCGUUUUUUUAGAAACGUACAAAUAAAAAUGACAAGAAAUAACUCUUCCAUUAAAAACGUCCCAUCUUUGCAACGACUGACGGUUUUGGUGGUCCUCUGUAAAAGUUCUGGACGCCUCCGCUCCGGACCCUUCUCUAACUGUUUUAUGACUGCUCCUUUCUCGGCAGUCGUUUUAAAAUGACGACCGCUUCACGGCGUGGACGUGUGAGCUCCGUGUGAUGUCUGAGCGGCUGUGGGAAUUGUGACACCUUCCUUUAGUUAAAACACAGGUGAGAGCCGGAAGCUUCCGUAUAAAACUCCUCUCUCCACCUGAUGAGGUUCAGACUGCAGGGUUGCCUCUCGGGACCUUGGACCUGUUUGUUCUUUAGUUUCAUUUAGUAAAUGAUACCUAAAAUCUUGAAUUAUUUAGCACGUUUAGAAAAAUAAUUGCAUUAUUUUUGUCAUAUGAUGGCCUUUUUCGGCAGCUUGAUCUUUUUGCUGAGCUGCAUCAGCGUCACUGCGACACUUUCUUUUAGGUCUCUUGUGAAGAAGUCAGGAGAUGUGUUGGAGUCCUCUGGAGCUGGACCCGAUGGACCCCUACAGGGAGUAGUUAAGGUUCUGCAGCUGGACCCCCAUGCCCUGGCCCAGUCUGGGUUCCUCAGACGAGGACUGGCCAACAGGAGAGCCCUUACGCGCGUCUCCAGGCUGCCCUUCCCAUCGUUCCUGUCUCUGGGCCGUCCGGGCCAGCCCCCAGCUCCCAGAGGUCCUGCAAGUCCACCACUCAGCCUGCGUCCGAGAGGACGUGUGGAGACAGAGCUGAAGAAGAUGCAAGGGCGGCAGAUGUGGCAGAGCGUCCUUAAUAAAGGAGACAAGACAUCCCUGCCGGUCAACUUAAAGGACGCUAAACAAACGUGCACAGCAGUGCCGUUCACUCAGCGUGUGACGGCGGACGGAUGCCAAACGGUCACGGUGCGCAACCGGCUGUGCUUCGGUCAGUGCAGCUCCCUCUUCGUCCCGUCGGAGGCGGAGUUUGCUGAGCUGAUCCCUGUGGUGGGAGCCUUUCGCCGCCGAGGCCCCUGCUCCCGCUGCGCCCCUUCCAAGUCCCAGACCGUCACCGUGCCUCUGCUGUGCGGAGCCCACGUCCGCCAGAAACGAGUGAUGGUGGUGGAGGAGUGCAAGUGUGAGACGGGCCGGGAGGAGAGGAGCAUGGAGGCUGCAGCUAGCUCCCACCUGUAGCAUCAGCUUUACUUUUCAUGAACUUUCUUUAUAUUAUUCCAGUCUGAAUGCUUCAUUCAGAGUUAAGCACUCCGGUGGUUCAUCCCACCGUCGAUUACUGACAAGAACCCUGCGUUUUGGUUCUGCUUUUUGUGAUUUUUAAACGGCUAAAGCUGUAAAAACAGAACUUUUUAAGUAAUGUCACCAUUAAAACCUCCUUUAUCCCCACUUACCUUUUGCCUGGCCUCGCUCAUUAGUGUCCCUGCGACGCCGCCGGGUUCACAAACGCCAUUUGUGUUGCACAAAGAGAAUUAGUUUGGUUUUUUGGGCCGUUUUUUUA